AUAAUCUGGACCUGGACUCUUUGCAAGCAUGUCUGCAGAUGACCAGCAGUUCCUCGACGUGUUGUCGUCCAUACCUAACGAGGUCAGGCGCUACUCCGGCGAGGUUGCCGAUGCCAUCGAUCGCCAUGUCGACAAGAUUGCAGACCAGGUGAGAGAGGCCCUGUCGGCACAAGACUGGCUACCAGAUGCCAUCCGCCCGCGCAGCAGACCAACACCACCACCAGCAGCCCUCGCAUGCCCUGCCUCGCUCUACGAAAAAGGUCAGGCCUGGGUUUCGAGACACAAGGUCCUGACCGGCAUUGUGGUCCUCGUUGCCGGCGUUGUGAUCUAUCGUGGGUACAAAAAGAGCAGGUCUGCCAGGAAGGCGAGGAGGGCGAGGCGGGCGCGGAACGGGGCCCGGCUCGAGGUGGUGGUGAUCGCAGGGUCGCCGAACCUGCCGCUGACGCGCUCUCUUGCGCUGGAUCUGGAGAGGCGGGGCUUCAUCGUCUUCAUCGCGUGCAACACCCUGGACGACGAGACCACGGUGCAGAACAUGCAGAACAUCACGAGGCCGGACAUUCGGCCUCUGGGCAUUGAUAUCACCGACCCUCCAAGCGCAGGCGCCUCUAUCGAGCGGUUCGCCCAGUACCUGCAGACGCCGCACGCCGCCGUGCCUGGCGCAAAGCCCAACUAUCUCACCUUGCGGUCCGUUAUACUUAUCCCCUCCCUCAGCUAUCAGACCUCGCCGAUCGCCACCAUCCCGCCGUCGAGCUUUGCCGACCUCUUCAACACACACCUCCUGCGGCCCAUCCUGACCAUACAAGCCUUCCUGCCCCUCCUGACGGCAAGGCUGGCCUCGACCGGCGACAGGGCCCCGCCCAGGGUGCUGGUGUUUACCCCGUCCAUCAUCUCCUCCAUCAACCCGCCGUUCCACGCUCCCGAGGCUACCGUGUGCUCGGCCCUGGCGGCCUUUACAGACGUGUUGGCCGGCGAGCUGCGGCCCCUCUCGAUCCCCGUCACCCACGUCCAGCUGGGGACGUUUGACUUUGCCGGCUUCACGCCCGCAGCGCUGAGGUAUUCGUCGGCGGUGCAGCAGGGCCUGCUCCCCGCACCGAGCUCUGCCGAGACGCUCGCAUGGCCCGAGGCCGCACGCCACACCUACGGGCGCAACUUUGUGAGCACCUCGUCCUCGGCCAUCUCGGCUGGUCGGGUCCGUGGCCUGCGAGGAAGCUCGCUGCGGGACCUGCAUCACACCGUCUUUGAUGUCAUCGACGGGUCCAACACCAGCAGCGUCGUGAGGGUCGGACUGGGCGCGGACCUGUACGGUUUUGUGGGCAGGUUUGUCCCGCGGUCUCUGGUGGGCUGGAUGAUGGGCAUGCGCCGUGUGGAUGAGCUCUCGGCCUGGCAGUCCAGCAGCUACCAGCCGAGCCCGAGGUCUGAUAGCGAGAAUGGGGACGGCCCGGCCUCGGAAUACGUCUCUGUGCAGCCGGAACAUAUCCACGCCAAUGUCUGGAAGGAGCAGUAGCAAGAGAAAGAGCUAGAUAUUUCUUCUUGUGGACUGUUGGCGCUCAAGAGGUAGAUAUAAUUGUCUGGGCAAUGGCCCCUCGACCUCGACCUCACCCUCCUCCUCUCCUGGAAGAGAAGAUAACUCAUCUCUCUCUGUCCUUCAUUCACUCUCCACUCUCCCCUCGCCUCGCCUUGUCAGAUGCGCACUUGUACCAAUUAGGGAGAGGCGCAGUGAUGGUGUGUAUGUGGUAGAUGGCGAGCAGAGAAGCUUUUUUUGAAGGGAAUAAAACCAGCGCAAUCAAAAUUUGCGGAAAGGGACCGCUGCUGUAAUGCGGCCCUGUCUGGUACACAUGUAGGAAGAAAAAAGAGAAGAACUUUCCCACCCUGCUUAUCUUGUGGCAGCGUCUAAGGGCCAGUCGAAAUGACGACGAAUGAAGCAAAUGGAGGGUAUCCUAACGCCUUCCAUGACCGCACACAACAACCCUUACUCGAAACCCCCCUCGCUCCCAGCCCUUCCCGGUCUUACCACUGAACGUAGCCCAAAACGCAGCUCAGCCCAGAACUAGCAGUGAUUCCGAUCUCUGGUGGUGGCCAGUGUUUUUAUUUGUUUCUUCUUCAAGGCUCGGAUGAUUUCCGUAUAAGUGAGUCGGAUGGUCGAACCCUCUGAGCCCACUCCGUCCAGCUACCGUCGUAAACCCUGCGCGUCUCCGGGUUUCCAUAUCCUGCCUCGGUGAGUGCCGUCUCGAUGACAACGGCAGUGACACCCGUACCGCAGCUAGAAAUGACGGGCUUGUUGGGGUCGACACCCUUAUCCUCAAAGAGCUUCCUCAGCUGGUCUUUGGGCAGAAAGGCCCUAGUCUCCGGGUCGAGCACCUCGUUGAAGGGGAUGUUGAUGGAGCCGGGCAUGUGACCGGAGGACAGACCGGGCCGGGGCUCCGGGUCGGCACCGGUCCAGCGGCCGUGGCUCCUGGCGUCGAUGAUCUGCACGCCCUCAGCGCCCUCCUUGUUAUGGUCGAGGGCGACCUCCC